GAAUGUUUACGGAAUCAGGAGGAAAUGCGACAGCUCCACGGAAAACAAUUUGUAACGUUAGCCUAAAGCUAAGUAGUUGAAUAACGUUUGCAGUUCACACACACUGCACGCGUGUACGAUAUGCUAAAUGCAUGUGUCCGAUGAUAGCUCACGACACAGCGGUCGGAAUCCGUUACGAUAACUCUGAAUCAAAACUAGUGCUGCAAGCUAGUUAGCUAACGGUGUCAUGUCAGGCUACCUAUUGUUUGUUUAACACCAGGUCUGGCAUGAUGGAGGUAACAACACGGUGAAAAAGUGGAACAACUCGUUCACAUCCACAACCUGUUUAACGUUGCCUACGCUGCAAACCGAGUUUAAAGGGGCUUUGCUGUGCCCGACAAGUGCCUCUACAUCAAGUGCCAGUCAAAAGUUGCCUUCUCUCGCGUUCACUAAGAAGAGAGAGACUGUCCGCACACUGGUGGCACCAUGGCCGAGGCUAUCGUAACGUUUCAGUCCCAGCUCUCCGGGGUCAUGGAGACGGUCUUCAAAGCUGCCAUGUACGAAAUCACCCGGCUGGUGGAGGACAGCUUUCUGGAGGAGGUGACGCGGUGCAGGGAGCAGGUGGAGUCCCUGAAGAGAAGGCUGAAGUGGUCCGAGACUCGACGGAAGGAGAGAGAGGGGGACAGACCGAGGGGGAGGUGUUCGGACUGCGGGAGAGCCGGGCUGUCCGGUGAGGAAGAACCCAGAGCGACAGAGAGAAAUCUCAAACAGGAGAGAGUGCUGCAAGAAGAGCUCAACAACUCCCAGAGCACUGAUGGUGAGACAUGCAGUCAUGAAGCAGAAGAGGCCCCCAGUGCUAUGAAGGCGCCACAGGCGGCAGGUGUGCAGGGUGAAAAGCUAGACAGACUGCUCAAGGAGGAAGCCCUGCGGAUAACUCCAGAAAAUACUGAGCCCCAAGAGAGAUGGGGAGUCAGUUUGGAAGAAACAGAAUCAUCAGGUCAGCCGGGGCCCAGUAAACGUUACACUGACCAGAAGAUCCCAAAGUGCCACAUGAACUGGGAAGUUGGCUUUGACCAGCGACCAGAGUCGGGCCAGGACGGACAUUCGGGUGACCCAACAGAACCACUUUUCCAGAGCAGAUAUGCUAUGGAAGACUUGGCUGGCUUUGACAAGACUGGCUAUGGAGAUGGCAAUAUGAUAGACAUGGGUAACUUGGAUGGGUUACAAGGAUCACCAUCCCACCUGGGCGAUGAUCUGAGCUACAUGGGGCACUAUGAGGGGGAUGUGGAGGCACCAGAAGGAGCUGAGCAUCAAGCUUACCAAACAGGUGCUCCAAGGAGUAGAAGGGGCGUGGUCGGUUCAGCUGCAGGCUCACCCACAAGAACUAACAUCGACGUGGGAGGAGAGUUCAGUUGUUUAUUGAUUAAUGAAGAAGGAUACCUGCAGGACCCAAAUAUCUUGUACCCCGUGUCUGGUGAGUCAGGCAGCAGGCAUAACCUCCGAGGGCAGAGCAUUCGCACUGACCAGACUUUGAACAGCACAGCGGAUAUGUAUGGACCAACAGAUGCAUACAGUGAUACUUUAAACCUGGGUGAGAGGUUGCAGCAUCAGGCAGGAGGUCGAGGAGGGAGGAGACACACCUGUAACCAGUGCUCCAUGUCCUUCUCUGAUUCAGCCUCACUAAAGGCUCAUAAACAGACCCACAAAGGCACCGGACAGGCGCCACCGUACUCCUGCACACAGUGCGGAAAGACCUUCGCUCAAGCCUGUAACCUCAAAGUCCACCAGAGGAUUCACUCGGGGCAGGGGCUUCACCUCUGCAGCCACUGCGGUAAAGGUUUCCCUUCUUUCUCUGACCUAAAGACACACAAAUGUGGCCAGACAGGUGACAAACCUUAUUGCUGCUCCGUAUGUGGGAACAAGUUCAGCCGUCUCUGGAAUCUGAAGUUGCACCGGAGAAUUCAUACGCAGGAAAAACCUCAUCGGUGCACCAUGUGUGAUAAGAGCUUCACACGGGCAGACAUACUGAAGGUUCACCAGCGCACCCACACAGGGGAGCGACCAUACUGCUGCACUGUGUGUGGCCUCAGCUUCAAACGCCUCGAUCAUCUGAAAUCACAUCAACGCAAACACAUGACAGAUCUAUAAAGCUAGGCUUGGGAGAGAGCCUCAUUCAAGGUUGUUUGUUGUAUUAGAUGAUAUAAAAAUGUAUGCUUUUAUUUAUGAGCUAUUCAUCAGCCAUUCAAGUCAUGAUUAUUUUCAUUCUACUCUUCAGUUCAAAGUACUUUGUUUAUUUCAAAAGCUUUUUUGUAGUAUGAAAAACAUGGGACAAAGAUAUCAUACAUGCUUCAUGUGUUUGAUCAAGUAUGUCCCAUUUGUUGCCAUUUUUUUGCUGCAUAUUUUGUUACUGAAAGAAAUUACCUUGAGUAAAAUUGAAGAAAGGCAGAGUAACACUAUUGUUGUGAUUAUUUCAUUACACAUUCAAAAUAAAACUAAAAAUGGUGUCUGCAA